UCCUUGCUCCUUCCUUUCCUCCUCCCCAUCAUCACGCUAGCCAUGUACUCGCCACCGAAACAGACGUCGCGUUCUCCACCUCCUCUCGUCCAUCCUGUACCUCAUCACCCACCAAGGCAUAUCCCUGACCCACCUGUUACACCUCAGCCUGGUUACGGUGCAGCUCAGGCAACGUCUUCGGCUGAGCAGCAUCAUUCUGCCGGGUCUGCUGCCAGAUCCAGGGCUGCUGGUAGCGGAGGCGGCGCUGGAGGUAGUGGUAGGCUAGGUGCUGUACCUGUUCAGCAACAGCAGCAGCAGUCAGCCCCCUACGUUCGUUACUCGAGCCCGCCGAUUCAGCAACAGCAGCAGCAGCCCCUUCACCAACAGCAGUACGAUCAAGGUUACCCAGCAGCUAGCUUCGGCUCAGCAAUGGAUGGUGGCCACUACAGUUCAAGCUAUGGGCAAGGAGCUGGUCCAUCGUCGAAUGGCUUUUACAGUGGGCCUGGAGCACCGGGAGGAGGCAGAGGACCCGGAGGACCUGGUGGAGGGCAAGGCAUCCCGGGGCCCUUUGGCAACUUCUUGUCCAAUGAUCCCAAUGUGAACAUGACGGCGCAAAUGGGCAUGCACAUGGCGUCUGUGGGAGGCGAGUAUGUACAGAAGAAUCUCGGAGGCUACCUUCCCACCAUGUCCAAUCUCAAACCCUACUACGACGUCUCGGGAAGCUAUGUGGUUAGCAAGAUCAGGGUCAUUCUCUUCCCUUGGAGACAUAGACCGUGGAGUAGGGCGCAUCAUCGCGCUUUCAUGGCUGGAGCUAAUGGAGGGGACAGUAAUGGCGCAGGAGAUUGGCCCGGUCAAAGUGGGGUAGGCAGUACGCAGAGUAGUGGUGGAAAGAGGGCAGGAGCAUCGUUAAGAGGCUAUGCGGCGCCGAGGGACGACGUUAUGGCUGUGGAUCAUUAUUUGCCAGUCAUGUCCUUUGUGACUUACGUCCUCCUCAUAGCCGUCACACUUGGACUCAGCCACAAAUUCAGGCCCGAGAUCCUAGGCUUGACAGCCUCCCGGGCUCUUGUCGUCGUAGUGUUGGAGCUCAUGGUAGUCCGCCUAGGUCUCUACCUCCUCAAUGUUCCUUCGGACCACUACGGCAUCCUAGAUCUGGCGGCUUACUCGGGCUAUAAGUUCGUCCCUGCUUGCGUCACGCUGGGAACUACGGUCUUGGCCCCACUCACUGGCGGCAGCGGCUCAGCUACGAAUGCAGGCAGUACAUCAGGCGGAAGCGGCCUCUCGAGCCUCAUUUGGUGGCUCACCUUCCUCUACACCCAUGCGGCUCUCGCAUUCUUCCUCCUUCGAUCACUCCGUCACAUCAUCCUGCCAGAUGCGGCCUCACUCCCCCCUGGCCUGGCGAACGCGGGGGCAGCAGGAUCAGGUGUGGCGACGUUGGGGCAUGCGCAGAGGGCCAGGAGGGUGCAAUUGUUGUUCGUCAUCGCUGUUCUACAGUUCGUGCUGGGAGCAGGCCUUUGCUUCAGAGUUGCGGGAUAAGAGGCAGACAGAAGGAGGGACACGAGAGAAUAUGGAGAAGGGCCGGAUGUGUAGAGCACACGAGACGCUUGAAGACGCAUCAAAUGACAUUCAUGCGAUCACACGAGGCCGUAAAGAU